AUGACGAGAAAAGUGGUGAAAGGAAGUGUUAUAGCAGACCUCUUAGCAGAAAAUUCAAUUGAUGACUAUGAAAUGCCAGAUUUGGAAUUGCCGGACGAGCAUAUCAAUACACUAAGUGAUGAAACCGAAUGGCAUAAUGAUGUAUGGAAGAUGUAUUUUAACGGGGCAGUUAACCUCUCUAGUAAUGGGAUUGGGGCAGUACUGGUAUCUCCAGAAGGGAAACAUUUAACGGUAGCAGUCAAGCUAAGAUUUAAAUGCACCAAUAAUGUUGCAGAAUAUAAAGCCCGUGUGAGCAGUUUACAAGCUGCUAUUGAAAUGAAAAUAAAGAAGUUGGAGGUAUAUGGAAACUCAGCCUUGAUAAUUUACCAAUUGAAAGGAGAAUGGCAAACCAAAGACUCAAAACUAGUCCUAUAUCAGAAGUAUCUCCUGGAAUUGAUUAAGAAGUUUGAAGAAAUCUCCUUUAUUCAUUUGGGAUGUGAUAAGAACCAGUUUGCAGAUGUCUUGGCUACAUUAGCAGUUAUGACUCAAAUGGAGGAGGGGCAAAAAGUGUAG